AUGAAGUUCUCAGCUUUCUUUGUUAUCGCCUCUGCUGCGUUUGCUGUCGCCGCCCCCGGUGUUGCCACUUUCUCUCAAGAGCGCGCUGCUCUCAACGAGAGUGCCCCCAGCCGCGACCGUGAGGAGGGCCGUGCUGAUCUGCGCGAGCCUGAGCGAGAGGAGGGCCGUGAAGGUGGGCGCGAGGAUGACCGAGAGGACCGUGCUGGCCGUGGUCGCCAGGAUGGUCGUCUCAACCGUGGCGGCCUUGCCUUUAGCCAGGUUGACCUCAACUACCUUCUCCGGGUCAACCAGCUCAACCUUGGCAAGCUCCAGGUCCUCAGCCAGCGAAACAACUUCAACGUCGUCGUCUUCCAAGAUCUCUUCGCCUCUCGGGACUUCAGCCUCCAAUCUCUUCUCCAGCUCCAGCAACUCUCCACCAUGCUUGCUAUCGCCGAGACUGGUAUCUUUGACCAGUUUGAGCUGUCUCGAUUGGACCUUGGCAACCUGAACCUUGGACUCAUCAACGGCAUUGCUGGCCUUAAUCUGGCCCAGUUCAUUGAUGCUGCUCUGAAACCCCAGAUCACUAUUAUUUCUAAAGAGGUUAACAACAACAUCAUCAUUGCCAAGUAA